UUGGUGUCCUCUCUCACACAUGUAGAGAUCUAGUUCUCCGACUCAGAGUGUGAAAAGAGAAAUGACCAGUUACAGGGUCCACGCUGCUUUACCUGACCCUCCCAGUCAAAAUGAAGAAGACAACAAAGAAGAGGAGAAAGCUUUCGGGAAUAUUUUUGCAGAGUUAGAAUCUGUGGACCUCCCUCUCGGAACCACAUUAAGGUCUAUUUACGAUGACCAGCCCAACGCCCACAAGCGCUUCAUGGAAAAGCUGGAUGCCAGGAUAAGGAACCAUGACCGUGAGAUAGAGAAGAUGUGCAAUUUCCACCACCAAGGCUUUGUGGAUGCCAUCACAGAACUCCUCAAAGUCCGCACUGAUGCAGAGAAACUGAUGGGUCAAGUGACAGACACUAAUCGAAGACUACAAGAAGCCGGGAGGGAGGUGACAGCUCAGACAGAGGAGGUGAUUUGCUGUCGGAUCCAGCAGAGGAACAUGGCCACUACUGUUGAGAAGCUCCAGCUCUGUAUACCAGUGCUAGAAAUGUACAGCAAACUUAAGGAGCAGCUGGAAUCCAAAAGAUACUAUGCUGCGUUGAAAACCAUGGAACAGCUGGAGAAGGUCUACAUCCCCAGGGUCAGUCAGUACAGGUUCUGUCAGAUCAUGGCUGAAAACCUACCCAGACUGAGAGAGGAGAUCAAGGAGAUCUCGAUGUCAGACCUCAAGGACUUCCUGGAGAGCAUCAGAAAACACUCUGACAAGGUUGGAGAGACUGCCAUGAGACAGUCAGUGUGGAUGUCCCCCCAGGCACAGCAGCACAGGACCUUUAACAGCGCCGUGAUGAAGCAGGCCAGCAUGGGCCACUAUGCCAAGCCUGUGUACUCCCUCAACGGACGAACUCACACCCACAACGGCCUGAUGAUGGACGAAGACACAGGAGAUGAGGAGGAAGCAGAUGAAGAGAUUCUUACAGCUCAGGACCUGGUGGACUUUUCGCCUGUUUACAGAUGUUUACACAUUUACACUGUGCUGGGUGACCGAGAAACAUUUGAGAACUAUUACAGGAAACAGAGGAAAAAACAAGCCAGACUCGUGCUGCAGCCACAGGCCAACAUGCAUGAGACAGUGGAAGGGUACAGAAGAUACUUCAAUCAGAUUGUAGGGUUCUUUGUUGUGGAGGAUCAUAUCCUUCAUGCCACACGGGGGCUAGUGACCAGAGCCUUCACUGAUGAACUGUGGAACAUGGCCCUGUCCAAGAUCAUCGCCGUGCUCCGCACACACUCUUCUUAUUGUGAUGACCCAGACCUGGUCCUGGAGCUGAAGAACCUCAUAGUCAUCUUCGCUGACACACUACAGGAUUAUGGUUUCCCGGUGAAUCGGCUGUUUGACCUGCUUUUUGAGGUCAGAGACCAGUACAAUGAAACUUUGCUGAAGAAGUGGGCGCUGGUUUUCAGGGAGAUCUUUGAGUUGGAUAACUACAGUCCCAUUCCAGUGGAGACUGAGGAUGAGUAUAAACUGGUGGUCAGCCGCUUUCCCUUCCAUGAUGCUGAGAUAGAGAAGCAGGACUUUCCUAAGAAGCUGCCGAUGUCCCAGUCUGUCCCUCAGAUCUACACACAGGUCAAAGAGUUCAUUUAUGCCAGCCUCAAGUUCUCUGAGUCACUACACCGCAGUUCAACAGAGAUUGAUGACAUGCUGAGAAAAUCAACCAACCUGCUGCUGACAAGAACACUCAGCAGCUGUCUGCAAAACCUCAUCAAGAAACCUCACAUAGGACUGACUGAGCUGGUGCAGAUCAUCAUUAACACCACCCACCUGGAGCAGGCCUGCAGGUAUCUGGAGGAGUUCAUAACAAACAUCACCAAUGUCUCCCCUGAAACGGUGCACACCACAAGACUCUACGGCCUGUCCACAUUCAAGGAUGCUCGUCACGCCGCAGAAGGAGAGAUUUAUACCAAACUCAACCAGAAGAUCGAUGAGUUUAUCCAGCUGGCAGACUAUGAAUGGGGCAUGGCUGAGUCGGACGGCCGUGCCUCUGGAUACCUCAUGGACCUGAUCAACUUCCUGCGUUCCACCUUCCAGGUCUUCACACACCUCCCGAAUAACAACAAUGACCAUGCGUCGAUGUCGGGUAAAGUGGCCCAGACAGCUUGUAUGUCGGCCUGUAAGCAUCUGUCCACAUCACUGAUGCAAAUGCUGCUGGACACAGAGCUCAAACAGAUCAGUAUGGGGGCCAUUCAGCAGUUCAACUUAGAUGUAAUUCAGUGUGAAUUGUUUGCCAGCUCAGAGCCCGUCCCUGGUUUCCAAGGAGACACACUGCAGCUGGCCUUCAUCGACCUGCGACAGCUCCUGGACCUCUUCAUGGUGUGGGACUGGUCCACUUAUCUGGCAGAUUAUGGCCAGCCAACUUCCAAAUACCUGCGAGUGAAUCCAGCCACUGCCCUGGCUCUGCUUGAGAAGAUGAAGGACACCAGUAAGAAGAAUAACAUCUUCUCUCAGUUCAGGAAGAACGACAGAGACAAACAAAAGCUGAUAGAGACUGUGGUGAAACAGCUGAGGAGCCUGGUCAAUGGCAUGUCCUCGUGAACACACACACACACACACACACACACACACACACACACACACACACACACACACACACACAGGAGUGAUGUGGGUGUCACAGAGAGAUAUAAUGAAUGAAACAUGCAUGCAGUCACAUGCACACACACACACACACACACACACACACACACAACACACACACACACACUGAACUGCCAGGACACUCACACACAACAUGACAGUGACAUGAAGAACCACACAGGGAAUUUACACACACAAACAUAAGGUACAGAUAGACAGCCAACAGACACGCACGCACACACACACACACACACACACACACACACACACACACACACACACACAUCACAUUACGGCACAGCAAUACACACACUCUAUAAGGCAUGCAGGGAACUGACUCCUAGCAAACACAGCACACACAUAUGAAGUCAUAUCCUCUCCUUACUGUUAUACCUGAAUGAAUAUUCAAUGUAAAUAACACACACACACACACACACACACACACACACACACACACACUAAACAGUUUACUGGACUGAACAGUAAGGUGUUUGUAAAGUAUUUUUAAUGGUUAUGAUAAGACAAACUAUGUUUGUACAUUAGUGAGAGUGAAAUGAUUGUAGCUGCAGAGGGAGACUGGUGCAGCACAGGAAGUGACACGAGUACUGGGACAAUGAGGUUAAAGGUCAACACCUACCACACCUCAUAUGAAUGAGAUGAGCCACUUCCUGUUGUUCUGUCAGAAACCCAUAUUAUACAUUGAACAUGAUGAAGUCAGGAUGUAUUUCUUGUUUUCAUUUGGAAGAAUUACAAAGAGAGAUUGAAGUAUUGGUAAUGUAUUGAUCAAGCUGUUAAAACAAAUCAACCAUCUCUAGUUCUGUCAGAUGGACAUCUCUGCUCUGACCUGCUGUGCGUCCUUUUAACACAAGUCUCAUGUUAAAAGCUGAAAACAGCAUAGAUACACACCAGAAACCAGGUUACUCAGAGAAAUCAAGUGAUGCAGGUGAUCACACACCACAGUGGAGACCUGUGACUGUCAGCUGUGUGUGUACAUGCAGGAGACCAGUAAACACAUUUCUUUACUACUGCUGACAUUAUUUUGGAAACCAUGGCUGCUUAUCUUUGUUUAAAAGCAAAUUCAUAAAAUACCAUAACCCAGUGUCAUGUAUGCACAGUAAAAAAGGAGGAAUUUAGCUGUGGAAAUAUAUCAAUUUAAUCCUCUACCAUGGACCCAACAGGUUUCUCAUUUAGAUGACAUUAAAGAACUCACAUUACUGUAACCCAGAUUAUUAACUGCAUGCUGACUUCUUUAAUGUAGCUCCAUGUAAAGUCGUAUUAACAUUCUGACUCUUGAAAUUUUCUAAAGAUUUCCCCUCCAUCAUUCAUAACAGUGAAAAUUCAGGCGGAAUCGCUCCCACUAAAGUAGACAAAGUAAAUAUGCACCUGUAAGUAAAGUUCAACACAAACAGUCUUUAAAGAUGCUGAGUCAGCAGCAGACGGUUUGGAACUGGAUUGGAACUUGUCGGCUCCUCCGUGACCUAUGAUUACCCAUAAGACCCCUCUAUGUGUUAACCUGCGGAUACAUUUACAUGAAUGAUAUCAUUCUUACUAGUCACUGCAUCACUAAGCUUCCAGCACCACCGACAUCAUUAAGAAGCAUAAAUCAGCUUGUGGCACUUUCCGGUAUUGACCAGUGUCAUAACCUGGUUUCUCGUGGUUUUAGCUGGUAACCACUGAAUUAUGGGUAUGGAGCUGCAUCCGUUGACAGGUCUGACAGAGGCCGAGUUAAACUCAUUGUCCCAACACUUAGACUGUUGCAACUGUGUGUGUGUGUGUGUGCAGAAAGGAAGCGAUGCUGAGGUCAUGGAUUGAUGGAAGGACAGAAGAGUGGAUGAUGACGUCUUGAAAGACUGAUGUUCAUGAAAAAAGUGGAAGUUUUGUUGAACUCAUUGGUAGCUUUGCUUGCUGUUUGUCUUCUUUUCUUCCUCACAUUGUACAUGUAAACCCACCCCCCCCCUGAGACAGCGCCUCACAGUGAACAUGAAGGAGCCCAGUGUCAGACAGAUGGAACUCUGACUCCCUGAUCGUAGUUGGAAUCUUCACAUGUUCUCUAUAUGUGAGAAUGUCAGAAGUGAGGGUGAAAAUCUUUUUUUUUUUUUAUUUGGUCUGAUAUGUUUGCACAGGAUGGACAACAUAACACCAAAUAAUGCAAAUCCAUCACACAAAGUCAUGCAGACUUAGGUUGGGUAGUUGCAGGUUCUUAUACUGGAUUGUAAUAGAUUGUACAGGUUGGAGCGUCAAAGUGAAGACAUGCAGCAAUCCUGACACAGGGUUUGCAUGUGAUGUCAACAUAUGGACACAGGAUACUGACACCUGGUAUUAACAUGCACUCUGUGUCUGGGUAUAUGCAUAUACUGUAUAUACGCUGUAAAUGCAAACAGAGCACACAGCAGUUGGAGUGUGAGUGGAUCAGCCAGACCAUCUGUGAAGGUGUAUUUGAGUCAGAUCUCAGCCUCUGUCAUCACUCAUUUUAAAUGGAAGUAUAGCUGAUAUCACAGCACGGCUUAAGUAAAAGUUUUAUAGUAAGUUUAUCUGCAGCAACAACGUGGUUUCGCCUUAACUGAGAGAUUAAACCAUGUCCGCAAGGCUCCAGCAGAAGACGUGCGAUUGUACAUGUGAAAUAACAGCGGCCUGUGUAGACAUCCAGUGUCGUAUGAACAGCCACAUCUGCUGUCUGCGUCUGUUCUGGAUGAUAUCAGCCAAAUAUAGUGAAGUGCAGCAGACACACACACACACACAGUGAGUGUGAUACAGGCAGACACGUUCACAUGUGCAGUUUGGAGCAUAUGAUCCUCACGUACAGUCUGCACCAGCUUAGACUUCGAGCACCACAGAGAAGUAAAUUUACUCAGAUGCUGAGAUGAGUGGGAUGAGUCUCAGCAGGUGGCCUACAGAUGCUGUUCUCUCUCUGUCAUGUGACCCUAACCUUGCACAUUGUAGCAGCCCACUUAGAGCCUCCUGCACUCACCAUGUGGACGGACACCUUUCAACAUCAGGUGGAAAUGCACAGGCCUGUAAUCAGAUGCCAUCUCUCAGAUUCAGAUCACACGCUGAUACGAGGUGGAGCCGGGUCUGAAACCUCCCGGCACAUUUCGGCGUCCGCAGACGGACUGGCAAGCCGUGCACGUCAUCAUCAAAUCCGAAGAGCUCUACGUCUAUAAAACCAUUAGCUUCUUUUCCUCCCAGCUUCACAGCUGUACUCGCUCACGGCAGCAGAGCAGCGACGGGCCGCUCGGUGCUGCUUCAGGUGGUUCAUGUGAAAGGUGACAUCAGUGCAUGCCCACGUCCUCCCUCUGUACUCCUGUCAGUCGUAGGGUUAAGGACUAUAUUUAUGUGAAGUUAACUGCGGUUUUGUCUUACAGUCCACCCAAACUACUUGCCUCAUGCUUACAAGAAAAACAUGCCCCACAUGACGGGGGGGUUGUCAUGUUAGUAGUGAUUAUAUAUACGUAUAUAUAUUUAACAGCUCAACUUCUAAAUUCUUUCUUUUUGUUCCUCAGGGUGAAAUUAAGCUUUAGAAUCUCAUAACCCACAUCUAUCCACAAAGCACAGCAAUAAUAAAUUGGUUCCUUUACAGCCUCACAGGCAGGUUGAUUGAUUACUUAAAACUUGCACAGGACUCCUGACGAAACAUUUUAUAAUGAGACUGUUUCUAUUCUGUUUAUGUUUUGGGUCUGUGCUCUACUUUUAGCGUUUUUGCACUGAAGCUGAUGAAGUUUUUUUUUUUUUUUCCUUUUAGAUUCAUGUUUUGCCUUUUUUGAUAGUUGCUUGUAAAUGCCACUGUAUAUACUGCAUAUUUUGUAAAGAAGAUAUUACAGCAGUUUGUCUGCUACAAACAGAACUGGAGGUUGACACUGUGAUACGCACCUCCAUCAACACCUGAAGUAAAUACGACGUUAGUAAGAGUCUGAAUUUGCUGAAUUUGUUGCUUAUUGGUGAACACAGUCGAGUGCAGUGUGAGGAGCUCAGUGACGUAUGUUGGCGCCUUCUCUCCACUCGUUCGCAUGGUUAAGGUAGAAAAAAAAAACAUUAUGUUAUGUUCUAGCAUAGGCUCUGUAUAAUAACUAUUUAAAUCCUGGUCCAAAAGAUUUCUGCUGAACUGAUAAAAAUCCAAAAUAAAGAAAAUAAAGGGCAGGUCUAAAUUCAGUUUUAUUGGAAGGAUCCUCUCCUCUCUGUGAGUGUGAACUGGUUCUCUUGGUUGACCUGUCACUCAGCCCCCCCCCUCCUGCCAUUCAUUGAUGUCCAUUUUACCAUUAAUUCUAAAUAAUAAUUGAAUAAUGGCGGAGUCUGAGAUAGAAGCUGAACCAGUCCAAUCAGAUGCAAGCUGGUGCUGAUGGUAAAAAUCUCCUGGAAUAACUUUUCCAAUUACAUCAUACAACAAGAGUCAUGCCUUACUCACCAUUCUGCUGCACUCAGUUUUUAUUUUUACCACAAAUACUGUUUUCAUUUGCCACUUAUUAGGGUUCUCACCCCAUCAAUUAAAAUAUCUUUGCAAAGGGGCGGGGCUUAACCAUUGGUGUGAUCAUCAUAAAUCUUGGUCCGUGUCUUCGGGCCUAGACACGGAGCAGGCCUACCAAAUCAUUCUGAGCCUGAUCUCUAGAGGGGGGCGCUAUUUUCAACAAAAUUGUUACACAUGUUCUGGGAGUGAGCGUUAAUGAAAAUCUGAAGUGCCGUACUGAUUGAUGAAAGUGGGCGGGGCCUAUUCAUCAAUAUGUGCCUUCUUAAGCCUUUGCUCAAUUUGCAGAGAGCUGGAACGAGCCAGACACGUGAAAAUUGGCAUCAUAACUUCAAAUGGUGUGUAAAUGCUUCACAAAAAAUAUGAUCCCAUUCAGCCAUAUGGUGGCGCUAAAAUUUACAGUCAAAAUUGUGAAAAAUUUGAAAUGCUGCCCCCGCCACAUCAAGUCCAAUCAUCGUCAAAUUUACCUCACACCUACAGCUUAAUAUUCUCUAUAGAAACGCUCUGUGAUAUUAGCGAGUCCCAUUAUGGACUUUGAGCCAAUUAGCAUAACAUUAUUAUUAUUAUUUGCGAUGGGUGUGGCUUAGCUAAUAUUGGCCUUAACUCAUUUACCAUCAUAACAUUUUGUAGAUAUCUUCAGGUUGUUAUAGCAAAUAGGUCACCCAAAGCAUUAGGUAGCUCAGAGGAGCGCAAAGCGGCUAGGACCGCGAGUUGCCGCUUGCGGCUGUAAUUCCCAGUUGUUUCUACAUUGUUGAUUUUUUUGAGUCGCUGUUAAGCUGCUGUCAGGGCGGCUCAGGACUUCCUGAGGAGGUUUCAUGUUUAAAAGCUACCAAAGAAAGAAAGAGAGGAAGUGUGUCCUUUCAGCAGCUUGAAGACUGUGCAGGAAGUGCUGAGUGUUGUCAGCUGAACAGCGGCCGAAAGAAAGUAGAAGCUAUUGAAAAAAUUCAGAGUAUGAAAACAGUGUGUUAGAAACAGAAACCCCUCAGCAGUCAGGUGGUGAGUGUGGCCUGACUCCUAGUGUUGAAAUGUACAUUAAACUGAAAUUUAUUAAGACAGCAAGUAAACAUGGAGGGAGGGAGAGUUGAGUGUUCCUAUAAAACACGACCCAACCCUGUCUCCAAAAAAUGAGAUUUACAGUGUGUGAGUGAUGAGCAAAGACCAGAGACCACGUUCACAUCCUGAGUUCUGUGGGUGGUGAAGGUUGGAGAAACAGUGCUUUCUCUUCAGCGUUCACAAACACAUUCGUUCUUCUAAACAGAACCAUGAAAAAAGGGUUUGCUACGAGCGGAUAUUUUAUUGCAAGAUUGGAUAUUUCUUUGACCAAAAACAAAUGAAACAUGUUGUCAGUGAACAUUUUACUGACACGUUCAGUAUCAAUGUUAAUUAACGUAAAGAAAUCAGCCGGUCAGCGUUACAUUUCCUUCGGUGCUGUUGGAAAUUAUUUGUAUGAAAAUGUAAUUUGGAGGAGACAGGAUGGGAAAAUAUGAUGAAAUACUAAAACAAGGGAAGGCCUGGCUCUCUGCAGCUGAGGGAAAUGUGUGUUUAAUGUAUGUUCAUUAAUAUAAAACAUAAUGUAUCACAUAAUCUCAACAUCACUCAAGAUCAGAGCCUUUCCUGGCGCCAAUCAAGAUUUUAAAAAAUCGCACUGCUUGUGUGCCAAUGAUUGUUUCAAUUCAGAUGAAAAAAAAAAAGAAAAAAAGAGUGAGAUGGUUUUUCUUGCCUUUCACAGAAGUGGAGAGAGGGAACAUUUUGAUAUCCAAAGGAAUCCUUGCUUUACCUUUGUUGUUGUUCUCAGUGAGACCCUGACUGAGAUGUUGUUUUCCUAAAUAUGUUGUUUUUAUUUUGUGUGCUGUAAUAAAAGUUUAUUCAACAGUAA